ACCCUCCUCCCCCCCUCACCAGCCAUCACUCAUCUGAAAGGUCAACAGAAAACAAAAACCAUCUACAUCCCAAAUCCUCAACAAACCUAGAAAAACAAACUCAAGAUGCAAACCGCCAAAGACGCCGUUAACUACGUUGCCGACAAGGCUUCUGAGCUAACUAGCACUGCCUCGAAGGAGGCCAACAAGACCGUGGCCAAGGAUUCGGAUGCCAGUCUUAGCACUCGAGCCACUGCUGCCAAGGACGCCAUUGGUGACAAGAUCGACGAAACCAAAAACGGUGCUUCUGCCGAAGUAAACAAGCAAAAGGCCCAAAGCUAGAUGCUUUGCGCCAGCACAACCAAGUUCUGUGUCAUCGUCUUGUCUUCCCGCAACGUUGGUGACUAAGAACAGCUUGUAUUAUUUUGUAACUCAACGUUUAUUGUGACCGAGUCGAACGAAGCAAUUAUUUGAUCUACACACUUGACAUGUUUCCUGUGCGAGAGACCAUUCUUGUCUCUUCACCUUUGUUUUGUCUCACGAGCAAGAAUGGCUGAGUUGUCGAUCUGGCGACAUCGCUCGGCUGAUUAGCUCUUGUUGGUCAAUCCACACGGCAACCAGCUCACACUUAUCACAUUGUGUUUAUUAACCACAGCCAUGUGGUGUCGGCUUCUUAAUCAGCAUAUCUUUCUCAGCCCCUUGGCCGAGAAGCUGUUUUAAAGUAAAGCACUCAUCCA